AUGUUCAGCAAGCUGAAGAAGAUCAUCGGGGGUCCGACUGUGGGUCCCUCGAGGCCGGCCCCUGCACCGGCCCCUGCACCGGCUCCUGCUCCUGCUCCGGCCCCUGCAAAGGAAGAAAAACCUGCAGACAAGGAAAAUGAAGACAAGAAAGAUGAUAAAGGCCCCGCCCCAGCACCGGCUCCAGAACCAGCAGCACCAGCCUCGAAACCAGAACCGGCUCCCAAACCAGAGGAGAAACCUGCAGACCCGGCCAACGAUCAGCCACCUGCCGAAGGCGAGGAGGCCCCUCCCCUUGAGUCCAGGCCCGUUGUGAUAAGCAAGCAUUUUGAUGCUCAUCUCAUUGAGAUUGUUCAGAAUUACCGGCAACGAACAGAACAGUAUAAAGAAAAGGUCAUUGACCCCUAUGCAUCCUCUCCAGAGCGCAGCCCACCUGUCACACCUGUCCUGAGAAAGGACGACUACUUGAAGUUGGUGGAGGAGAGGAAACGAAAAGAAGAGGAGGACAAGAAAAGAAAAGAGGAGGAGGAGAAGAAAAAGAAAGAGGAGGCAGAGAGAAAAAAGAAAGAGGAGGAAGAAAAGAAGAAGAAAGAGGAGGAGGAGAAGAAAAAAACAGACAAGCCGGGGGAAAAGAAAGAGGAAAAAAAGGAGGAGAAGAAAGAUGACAAGGGAGAAACAGAGCGGAAGUCCAUCUUCUCAAAAGUGAAUUGCACCUGUGUAGAUUUCCUGCUGAAGCCCAUCGAAAACAGAAUGGACAAAAGACUGGGCACCUCCAUUGAUCCCUUCACAGACCGCAGGUAUAUUGCUUGGCUAAGCUUCGUGACCAUCGCCUUCAACUAUAACCUGUGGUUCAUACCGGUCCGUAUGGCUUUCCCGUAUCAUGACCCAGAGGCCGUUCCUUUGUGGUUUACAUUGGACAUCAUUGCUGACGUCAUCUAUAUCAUCGACAUGAUCGUUUUCCAGCCACGGCUUCAGUUCUGUAAAGGGGGAGACAUCAUUUAUGACAGAGUUGUGAUUAAAAAGAAAUAUCGAGAAUCGUCAAGGUUUCAGAACGAUAUCCUAUCCGUCCUGCCUUUGGACCUGUUAUAUUUCGUGUUUGGAUUCAAGUCUGUCUUCAGGCUCAAUCGUUUGAUGAAGUCCGAAGCAUUUUUUGAGUUCAGUGAUCGUCUUGAAGGUAUCAUGACCAAAGCGUACAUCUGGAGAGUCAUUCGCACCAUUGGAUACCUGUUGUUUAUUCUCCAUCUCAACGCAUGUCUUUACUACGUGGCAUCUGACUACCAAGGGAUCGGCUCAACCAAAUGGGUGUACAGCGGAGAAGGCAGCGCGUACUUACGCAGUUACUAUUUUGCCGUGCGGACUCUGAUCAACAUUGGUGGUCUGCCUGAGCCUCACACAGUCUUUGAAAUCACCUUUCAGUUAACAAACUUUUUUGUUGGUGUCUUUGUCUUCUCAAGUUUGAUCGGACAGAUGAGAGAUGUCAUUGGAGCAGCGACUGCCGGCCAGACGUACUUCCGUGCCUCUAUGGACGCUUGCGUGGCGUACAUGGUGACAAACCACAUCCCCAAGAUGGUUCAAACCAGAGUGCGCACCUGGUACAACUACACCUGGGACUCCCAGGGCAUGCUGGAUGAGUCUGAGCUUCUGGAACAGAUGCCUCUGGUGAUGAGAACAGCCAUCGCUGUGGACAUCAACCUUGCUACUUUCCAAAAGAUCGACCUCUUCAAGGGUUGUGACAACCAGAUGCUCGUGGACAUGUUAUUGAGGCUGAAGUCCAUCGUGUACUUGCCUGGAGACUUUGUGUGCAAGAAGGGUGACAUUGGAAAGGAAAUGUACAUCAUUAAAGCCGGAGAGGUGCAGGUCAUCGGUGGGCCGGACAAUAAGAUCGUGUUUGUGACUCUAAAGGCCGGCUGUGUGUUCGGAGAGAUCAGUUUGCUACAGUCUUCAGCCAAUGGAGGAAACAGAAGAACCGCUAACGUAGCGGCACAUGGGUUCGCCAAUCUCUUCGUGCUGGAUAAGAAAGACCUCAAUGACAUCCUGAUUCACUACCCGGAGUCUCAGAAAGUGCUGGCCAGGAAGGGACGGAAACUGCUGAAAGCAAAGGGUCCGGCUCCUGCUGCUAAAGCUGACGAGGAAAAGAAGAAAGGACUGGCUAUGUUCGGACAAAAACCUCCCACUCCCAAACUUUUGCGUGCCUUUGCAGGGGGAGCUUUCAGCAAAAAAGGCUUCAUGGACAGACUUAAGACUGCUGCUACUUCAGAACGUCAAUAAUCACAUGAAAUACAUUAAAUAUCUCUCUAAAAAAAAGUCAUUCCUUUUCAUAUAACCUACGUAUUAAAUGUAUCCCUGCUAACUGCAGUACUUGCCAAUUAGUGAAUCAUAUUUAUAAUACACGCAUUAUGUGAUUGCAGUUUGUUUCAAUAUCGUUCAAAACAAUAUGUUUGUAGAUCUCUUUUGUA